AUGGAGAUUGGUGCGAGAGAGAGCGCACCGGCAGUCGUCACUGUUAGAUUGGUGCAGAACGGGAGAGUCGCCGCACCGUUGGAAGUACCACAAGAAUUACACUGUCAGCAGAAUUCAUCAGGUCUCUGCGUGCCGUUGGUCGGGCACGCAGCGCACGACGUCAAAUGUUCCGAGGUUUGGAAUUUGGCAAAGGAGCUUGCGAUUCAUCUCACAUCAGAUGACCGUACAUCCGUCCAUGGAUAUCUGCCACAUUCUCCGGCUCCCAUUACCGCAAGACGAAAGUCACAAAUAUACAUUAACUUACACCGGUCUUUUCUUAUUGAGAAAAGGGCCAAACGAGCAGGAGUCUCACCUGAUGGUUCCCAGGGGGGGAAGGGUUGUAACGGUGCAGAAAGACCGGCGGCGGCAGCUGCUUCCACAGAGUGUAUGAAACCAGCUGCCGCCUUCUGUGAGGCUGUGGUACUGCAACAGACGACCAUACCCGUUAUACAGCAA